GUUCCCGGAUGGUCGCAGCCUCCCGGCGCGGAGCGCUUUUCCUGCCCGCCCCGGCUCAGCCCUGCGGACCCAGAGAGAAGUUUCCCAGAAAAAAAUGCCCCGCGCGCCGCGGGGCCGAGAAGCCGCCCGGAGCCGCCGCACGAUUUACCCUCAAGACUGCUGAAAUUCUAACUAUCCAAGAUGCCCGUCCCUCCCCCACCAGCACCCCCACCGCCACCAACAUUUGCCCUCGCCAACACAGAGAAACCCACCUUGAAUAAGACAGAACAGGCUGGGAGGAACGCCCUUCUCUCUGACAUCAGCAAAGGGAAGAAGCUAAAGAAGACAGUCACCAAUGACAGAAGUGCCCCGAUAUUGGACAAACCAAAGGGAGCCGGUGCCAGUGGCGGUGGUGGCUAUGGUGGAGGCAGCGGAGGUGGAGGAGGAGGAGGCGGCGGCGGUGGUGGAAAUUUUGGAGGGGGUGGUCCGCCAGGAUUGGGAGGAUUGUUCCAGGCUGGAAUGCCGAAGCUGAGGUCCACUGCCAACAGGGAUAAUGAUUCUGGAGGAAGCCGACCGCCGAUUUUGCCACCAGGAGGAAGGGCCACAUCUGCCAAGCCCUUUUCGCCACCAAGUGGCCCGGGGAGGUUUCCCGCACCCUCACCAGGCCACAGGAGUGGGCCCCCAGAACCGCCCAGGAACAGAAUGCCUCCCCCGAGGCCUGAUGUGGGCUCAAAACCAGAUAGCCUUCCCCCUCCGGUACCAAAUACGCCAAGACCCAUUCCGUCGAGUCUGCACAACCGGGGAUCCCCAGCAGGGCUGGGAGCCCCUAGGCCCCCCUUUCCCGGAAACCGAGGUGCUGCUUUUGGAGCAGGCUCUGUGCGCCAGAACCCCUCGAGCUCCUCCUCUUCGUUCCCCAGGCCUCCUUUGCCCCCCACUCCAAACCGGGCCUUAGAUGACAAGCCUCCUCCACCACCUCCGCCCGUGGGCAACAGGCCUUCCAUGCACAGAGAAGCGGUCCCCCCUCCCCCCUCACAGAACAACAAACCUCCAGUGCCUUCCACCCCGCGGCCUGGGUCGGGUUCACAGGCACCACCUCCUCCGCCACCGCCCAGCCGGCCAGGGCCCCCUCCUGUGCCUCCGGCUUCCAGCGAUGAGAUCCCCAGGCUGCCACAGCGGAACCUGUCCCUCACGUCCUCUGCACCUCCCUUGCCUUCACCUGGACGCUCGGGGCCUCUCCCUCCCCCACCCAACGAGAGGCCCCCUCCUCCUGUGAGGGAUCCUCCAGGCAGAUCAGGCCCCCUCCCACCACCACCUCCGAUAAACAGAAAUGGAAGCACACCUCGGGCCCUGCCUGCCACCCCUCAGUUGCCAUCCAGGAGUGGAAUGGACAGUCCCAGAAGUGGGCCUAGGCCUCCUCUUCCUCCUGACAGGCCUGGUGCUGGGGCACCGCCCCCACCCCCACCAUCCACAUCAGUUCGAAAUGGCUUCCAAGACUCAUCUUGCGAAGAUGAGUGGGAAAGCAGAUUCUACUUCCAUCCGAUUUCUGACUUGCCACCUCCAGAGCCAUAUGUACCAACAACCAAGACGUAUCCCAGCAAAGUGGCCAGAAAUGAAAGCCGGAGUGGAUCCAACAGAAGAGAAAGGGGCGCCCCACCCCUUCCUCCCAUCCCCAGGUGAUCUCGGCCGGCCUGCUCCACUCUACCCAAGCUCCAAAGCUGCUUCUGUUGUUGCUGUUUGAAAACUGCACGCCCUUCCUCUUGCUUUGCUCACCUCAGAGAGAGUAGGAAGGAGGACCGGAAGCUGAGGAGGGCUUCCCUGCGUGUGGGGGGUGGGGAAAGAAGCGCCUAGCUGUUUAUGUUGUAUAUAUUCCUGAGCUAUUGCUUGUAUCAGCUGCAGCCUGCCAGGGGCGGCUGCUCGGAUCGAUAAGCUUUUGUCAUAAGUAGACAGAGAAGAAUUGUAUCCCAGCUUUCGGCCCCACAAGGUCAGACUUUCACUGCUUUUUUGCUACAGGCUGUAGUUGUUAAAUUCCCUGAGAGCUGGUUUUCUCUAUGCCUUUCUUGCUCACGUGGCCUCUGGUCUGUUUCCACGAACCACAGACCGCCCAAGCAAGUUGCUGAGCAAGCCUUACAUGAAGCCCUGUGGUUGCAGGAUGUCCAGUCUUUGGCAGUCUGAGGUAGGCUCCAGGGCAGAGCUGUCUGAGAGCCCCAUUCCCAGUCUUAAAAUGACCAACAGCCAUGUUUUAUAAAGGCAAAAGGAAACAGAUGAAAAGAAUUCCAUUUUACUUAGCUCUGUGCAUCUGAAAUAUCACUUCGACUUGUAUUAUUAAUGAGAUAUUUACAUUUUUUUUUUUUUUGGUACUAAGUCUUUACACUCCAGUAACCAUUCUGUACUUAGAACAAACACGUGGCCAGAUUUCAAGUGUCCACACGUGCCAGAGCACCACACUGUCAGACAGUCUGGGAGACAGGAGCUAGUACAGAAAGCUUGUGCCUAAAAAGGCAAAUUGAGUUUUAGCAAUUCAAGAGAUGUCCCAAGACAAAGUCAGAACUUGAUACAAUGUUUGGCAGGCAGUAAGAGCUUGUUUUGCCUUUUUCCUUAAUAUGUAUGUGCAGGUGUCUUUUUCAAAGUAUCUUAGAAAUGUAUCUAGUACAGUUUACAGUCGCAUGGAAUAAAGCCACUGCAAGAAAACGGAAACUUCUGGGCACUUGCUGGCUCAGAACCAGCUGACUUGUACACUCGCUGGUCACUGGCCUUGCAGCCCUUCUGUGGCUUUUCAAUCCUCCACCCCAGAGAAAACUCCUUCCUCAGGUCAGGAAAGGCUAGGAAGGCAAGAUUGGAGAAGAAAGUCAGAGAAAGUAUCAAAUGAGAAUUACGGGAGAAAGGGACCACCGCUUUGACGUUGGGCAGAACUCUACACAACCAACGGGGGUCAUGAAGAUUAAGGAGCUUACCAGUGGAAUCUGGAAAGCAUUGGUUUUAAAUUUCUGGGGAGAAUCAUUGUCUUGGAGCUGUGCAAGUAAGUUCUGCUAAAGGACUGACCACAAAAAGGGCCAGGCUUGCCUUUUAUACAUAUAUAUAUAUAAUUUUGUUUACAACAUUUUACUGAGACUUUGAAAUCUAGUUGUAGAGUUGGAAAAAGAUUUCCACUUUGAUGUUUUAUAUAGUCAUGUUUAAUGUUACCAUUGUCUAUUAAAGCACACGGCCACAUCUGUGUAUUACCUGAACUUUGUAUUUUGGGUCCAGUGUAUUGCUCACAUGUUGCUGGCAGAUGCUAACAACAAAAAAUCAAUCCAAAGAAAAAUGGAAAGACAUUCCUAUUUAUAGAAUGAUUGUUUCAUUUAUAUAAAAGCAUAACUUAGGAGUUCUAAUAGAUGAAACGUCUAAUAAAUUAUAAAGUGAUUGAUUUGAAUAUAUUGUAUUUUUAUAACUUUCCUUGCCAAAGCCCUGGACCUAGUUCUUUAGAGAGUAAUUUUCCUCCCUUCUCCUCUACCAUUUGUCUGUCUUCCGUGAGAACAAAGAAAUAAAAGGUUUAACAAGCUUGACAACUAUUUUCAUUUCUAACAUUUUUAAAUGUAUUGUGAAUUCUUUGAUCUGAUAGUCCCCAGAAUAAAUAUCUUUUUGAUAGA